AUGGCUGAUACAACCGAUUUUGAUGGUCUUGGUAUAAUAACAUCAUCUUCGAAACAACCAAUAGAUGAUAUUAAUUAUGCAAAAUCUCUAACUGUAUCGGGAUUGAAAAAACAAUUACUUUAUCAACUAAACGAAAAUGCAAAUCAAAUACAGAUGAUCUCUGAUUUGAAUACCGCUUUCGUAAAGCAACAAUCUGAAUUAUUAAGUAGAAUACGAGAACUUGAUUUGAUAGAAGGUGAUGAAAUUUCUCAAGAACUAAACGACAAGCUAACCGAAUUUGAGAAGGGUUCCAAAGCUUUGAACGAAACUAUAGUAAAUGUUUUAAAGGAGUUUUUAAUGACGCCUGCAGGUGAUACUUCAACCUCGACAACAGAAAUGACUGAUAUAACACAAAUUUUGACUGUAGAAAUUAGGCACUUACAAGCUCAGUUACAGGAGAAAGAUCAACGAAUAAAGAAACUCGAGAGGAGUAAAGCCAAAUUAAAUCGUUUCAGUGAACAACUUAAUAAAACACUACAAACGCAUCAAGAAUAUGAAAAGCAGUUUAAAGAGGAAAAUCCAACUCCGAAUUUUUAUGGUCCGAAAGUUCGUCAUGAAAAAAAUAUGAUAAAUAACCCGAGAAAUAUAUCAACGUUCAAUAAAGAAAAACUCUUGAGAACUCAAUCAGAGAUUUCUGUAUGUUCUUCCAGAAUCAAGAAUGACCAAACUCCUCAAAAUCCAGAUCCAAAUAUUAUCCAUAUGAUUGCUAAAACAUUGAUCGGUGAUUACUUGUGGAAAUAUACCAGAAAUAAUUUUUGGUCAAGGAAACGUCAUAAAAGAUUCUUUUGGAUUCAUCCUUAUACUAAUAUCUUAUACUGGAGUAAAGAGAAUCCUGCCACCUAUGAGUUUGACACUUACAUAGAUUAUGUUCGAGAAAUUAUUAACGAUGAUUAUUCAUCCCCGGAUUUAUAUCAUACGAGUUUAGUCAUUACAACUCCAGAAGGCGAUAUGGAAAUCACAACUCAAACUAAAGAACAACAUGAAUGUUGGUUCCAGGCUUUAAGAUAUUUACAUCAGAGAUCUGCCGAUGCUGGUUUAAAUCAAAUUCCGACUUCACUUUCUGUAGAACUUCUUAAUAACGAUUCAGAUUAUUUUUGUGAUGACGACGGUGAUAGUGAUGAUUUAAAAAAUAUGCGUCAAUGUUGCAAUGGCCGUCAUGAUAUUAGUAAACUUGAGCGUGCUCCUAAUCAUAAUAGAUUCAUUCUAUAA